UCAGUGUCUGAUGACGAAUUUCCCCCACGAAUCAUUAUCACUCAAUUCUGCAAAUGGUUCUGAUUUACUAUCGCUGUUCUCUAGCCGGUCUAAAACCGCUUUUGAUCUAAAGGGACACUUUUUGGACGCCAUGGACGUUUCUCAGUUUCCAGGCAGAAAGAAGGGUAAAAAAGCAGGCAGGGCACAGGACAAAGCACUGGGGACAAAAUGUAUGUGAAAUGGUUUGAUACAGUCAUGGAAUACUAUCAGAUUUUUUUUUUUUUCCAUAAAGUUUAUUAUUUUAAAAUGUUUGAAUUUCCCACCGGUUCCAUCCCCCGUACAUCCCGACGCUCGCAGGGACCGGAACCCAGAAGACGGAUGCUGGCAUCGGGUGGAGGACAUUGCUGGGGACACUGCAGGAGGGAC